CCUCCGUCCGGGCUUGCGGCCCCUGCCGGUUACAUAACUCGUUGUGGGCUUCGCGCGGCCUCACUUUUCGGCUGCCUGUGACCCCAGGAUGCGCUGAGCCCCACGACGGCGUCCGCUGCCGCCGGCUCCUGCCAGAGGUGUGAAUGACAGAGGUGGUGCCGUCCAGCGCCCUCAGCGAGGUCAGCCUGCGCCUCCUCUGCCACGAUGACAUAGACACCGUGAAGCAUCUGUGCGGCGACUGGUUCCCCAUCGAGUACCCAGACUCAUGGUAUCGUGAUAUCACCUCCAAUAAGAAGUUCUUUUCCCUCGCCGCCACCUACCGGGGCGCCAUCGUGGGAAUGAUAGUAGCUGAAAUAAAAAGUAGGACCAAGAUACACAAGGAGGAUGGAGAUAUUCUAGCCUCCAACUUCUCUGUUGACACACAGGUCGCAUACAUUCUGAGUCUGGGAGUGGUCAAGGAGUUCAGGAAGCACGGCAUCGGCUCUACCGCCAGGCCCACAGCCUGCUCUGCAGCUUCCUGCCGUGGUCCAGCAUCUCCACCAAGGGUGGCCUCGAGUAUAGCCGGACCAUGUGACGCCGGCUGGGCGGCCUCCGCCAGGCCCCACCCUUCGGCACCCCGCAGAACCCGCCUUCUUGGCCGUCCGACUUCCGUCCUCUGCAACAGAGCUGGUGGCCGCUCGCCGGGCCCGUCGGCCUGCCCCAGCUGCAGGCCCGGUGCUACGCGGGCUCGGAGCAGAGCGUCGUGGGGCAUGCCUGGUCUCGGACAGGCUUUUCCAGUCCUCCUUUCUUUUCUGGUAACCUGUGGAAACCACCGCCUCUGCCUGUGUCCUGGUCCUGCCCCCAUAAGCGUGCACCGGCCCCGCUGGCCAGAUUUCACAGAGAUGAUGAGAGCCUUGGGAUACCCUCGACAUAUCUCUAUGGAAAAUUUCCGCACACCAAAUUUUGGACUUGUGUCUGAAGUGCUUCUUUGGCUGGUGAAACGGUAUGAACCUCACACUGACAUCCCUUCAGAUGUGGAGACUGAACAAGACCGAGUUUUCUUCAUUAAGGCAAUUGCCCAGUUCAUGGCCACCAAGGCACAUAUAAAACUCAAUACCAAGAAGCUUUAUCAGGCUGAUGGGUAUGCAGUGAAAGAACUUCUCAAGGUCACCUCUGUCCUUUAUAACGCCAUGAAGACCAAAGGGCUGGAGGGCUCGAAGAUAGGAGAAGAGGACGUCAGCAAAUUCAAGUUUGAUCUCGGCUCAAAGAUUGCAGACUUGAAAGCAGCCAGGCAGCUUGCUUCUGAGAUCACAUCCAGAGGGGCCUCUCUGUAUGACCUGCUGGGCAAGGAGGUGGAGCUGAGGGAACUGAGAACAGAAGCAAUUGCCAGACCUCUAGAAAUAAAUGAGACUGAAAAAGUGAUGAGAAUUGCAAUAAAAGACAUUCUGGCACAGGUUCAGAAGACUAAAGACCUGCUCAAUAACGUGGCCUCUGACGAAGCUAAUUUAGAAGCCAAAAUUGAGAAGAGGAAAUUAGAACUGGAAAGAAAUCGGAAGCGACUCCAGACUCUGCAGAGUGUCAGGCCGGCCUUUAUGGAUGAAUAUGAGAAGAUCGAAGAGGAGUUGCAGAAGCAGUAUGACAUUUAUCUGGAGAAAUUUCGAAAUCUGGCUUAUCUGGAACAGCAGCUUGAAGACCAUCAUAGGAUGGAGCAAGAGAGGUUUGAGGAAGCUGAGAACACUCUGCGUCUGAUGCAGAACAAGCUGAAGGAAGAAGAAAAGCGUCUGCUCAAGACUGAAGGUCAUGACGACUCGGACAUUGACAUCCAGGAGGAAGACGAAUCUGACAGUGAAUUGGAGGAGAGACGGCUGUCCAAGCCGCGGACGGCCAUGGAGGUGCUCAUGCAAGGAAGACCUAGCAAACUCAUCGUGGGCACAAUGCAGGGUGGAGACUCCGAUGACGACACGGAAGCAGCACCAGCUCUCUUAGGUCAGUGCAGGACUUCCAGCUCCAAGAAGCAGGAGGACUCGGAGGACAGUGAGAUUGACAUGGAGGGCGAUGAAGAAGACGACGAUUUGGAAGACGAGAGCGUUGCUGUCUCGCCAGCGAAGCCCAGUCGAAGGGUCCGGAAACCUGAGCCCCUGGAUGAGAGCGACAAUGACUUCUGACCUUUGUGCCAAGAGACCGGACAGAUUAAAUCCCUCAGAUCUGUAGGUAAACGGGAAGUUAGAAGGUUAGGAGGGAAACCGAUUUCACGCACUAAACCAGCUGGACUUGUUAAUGAAGCAACACCUCGGUCUUUAGCCUCCUCCAGGUUACUCCACAGAGCUUCAGCGAACUUGGGAAACGCCUGUGUUCUAAGAGAUGCACCUCCACAGGAUGAAAACCCGAGGAGAAAUAAGGGCCAACGCUGUUCAUCUUGGCAGUUGUUGUCAAGCGUUUCUGCCAAGAGUCGGGCGUGGGGGGGAUAGACCCGGGCUGGGCACAGGACUCAGUUUAGGAAUUAGCCGGAGGGGGGUGGGGAGGCACUUGACUCCUCUUGACCUGUACAAUUUAGAACAUUUACUGUACUUCGGCUUUUAAUUCUAGCUUUUAUUUCGUUGUAUGGUCCUAUUUUCUUCUGCAUGUUUGCAAUACCAAGCUUUAAAUGUAUUUUACUAAAAUUUCCUGAAUGAAAGUUAGGUAAGUUAGAUGAAAACCCACUUUCCUUCAAAUCCAGGCAACAGAGAGACGCUCCAGAAUAGAAGCACUUCAUUUUCUCUCAGAAGGUUGACAUCCCUUCCUAGGAAAGCUAGUUAAAGGAAAGGUGUUUCUGACUAAAAAACUUAACCAGGAUUGCAUUAGGUUGAGUAGCACUAGGAUAAUGUUGCUGAUGUGAAGUGAGAAGUGACAGGUGGAGUUGUGUCAUAUUUCUGAUACGGAAACGCAGAGCAGCUCUCACAGAUUUUUCAGUUACGAACGCAGAAAACUUCUGAAGUUACUUUUAACAAAUGUAUUUAAUACCGUAUUUUUAUAUUAUUAAAUAAGUUUUACUUGAAACUAUAA